AUGUCUCCCAGCCUUGAGGAAGACGCUCAGCUUGGGGAAGACAAACCGUCUCCCUGCUCCUUUUCCAUUGAGAGCAUCUUAGGACUGGACCAGAAGAAAGACUGUGUUCCUUCGGUGAGACCCCACAGGCCCUGGGUAGACACCUGCCGCUCCUCAGAGAAAGAUGGCAACUUGUGCCCACACAUCCCAAAUCUUCCCAGUGGAAUCUCAUUUCCCUGUGCCGUGGAUCCCCCAGUGCCUGCAGAAAGAGCUGUGAAGCAGGAAAGUUACCUUUCAGCUUCAGAAAGACUAUCUCUGAAAAGAGAGCUCAGCUGGUACAGAGGCCGGAGACCAAGAACUGCUUUCACCCCAAACCAGGUUGAAGUAUUAGAAAAUGUCUUUAGAGUAAACUGCUAUCCUGGCAUUGAUAUCCGAGAAGAAUUAGCUCAAACAUUGAACCUUGAGGAAGACAGAAUCCAGAUUUGGUUCCAAAAUCGUCGUGCAAAACUGAAGAGGUCCCACAGAGAGUCACAGUUCCUAAUGGCAAAAAAAAGUUUCAACCCGAACCUCCUGGAAUAGGUAGAAAAUAGAACA